CGCGCUCAGUCCACCAGUAGAAACUGUGGCUGAUUUGUGGCCGCUGCUGGAGAUGUAGAGGAGAGAGGGGGAGCGGCGGGUGAAACACUGAGAGAGAGAGAGAAAGAGAGAAAGAGAGAGAGAGAAGCGGCUGCUGUGGCUGUGGAGGAGAUGGAGCGCCUUCCUGCUGCCUGCUUUCUCUGACAGGUGUCGAGUGCGCGCGGGUUCGGGUAAAACAGGAGAACUGCAGAAACCCAGUCCACAGCAGAUCCACCAUGUACGCUAAAGGGAAGGGAGCUGUGGUUCCGUCCGACAGCCAGGCGCGCGAGAAGUUAGCUUUAUACGUCUACGAGUACUUGCUACAUGUCGGCGCUCAGAAGUCAGCACAGACCUUCCUGUCUGAGAUUCGGUGGGAGAAGAACAUUACUCUAGGAGAGCCCCCAGGAUUCUUGCAUUCAUGGUGGUGUGUAUUCUGGGACCUUUACUGCGCGGCUCCGGACCGACGCGAAACCUGCGAGCAUUCCAGCGAGGCCAAGGCCUUCCACGACUAUAGUGCAGCGGCGGCCCCCAGUCCGGUUAUGGGAAAUAUGCCCCCUAAUGAUGGAAUGCCUGGAGGACCCAUGCCCCCUGGCUUCUUUCAGGGCCCUCCCGGGUCGCAGCCGUCUCCCCACGCACAGCCUCCCCCACACAACCCCAGCAACCCCAUGAUGGGACCCCACGGCCAGCCUUUCAUGUCUCCGCGGUAUCCAGGUGGACCCCGGCCGUCCCUCCGCAUGCCAAACCAGCCUCCUGUCGGAGUUCCAGGGUCACAGCCGCUCUUGCCAAACAGUCUGGAUCCCACUAGACCACAAGGGCAUCCUAACAUGGGCGGCCCAAUGAGAAUGAAUCCACCUCGAGGGAUGGGUGGCAUGGGCCCACAGAACUACGGAGGAAUGAGGCCCCCGCCCAACUCUCUCGGUGGCCCCGUCAUGCCAGGGAUGAACAUGGGUCCAGGAGGACGAGGUCCGUGGCCGAACCCCAACGCUAACUCUAUAGCCUACUCCUCCUCAUCUCCAGGCAACUACGUGGGUCCUCCAGGAGGAGGGGGUCCUCCAGGAACUCCAAUCAUGCCAAGUCCAGGAGAUUCAACGAAUUCCAGUGAAAACAUUUACACGAUGAUGAACCCCAUUGGCCCUGGAGGAAACCGGCCCAAUUUCCCGAUGGGUCCUGGCCCUGACGGCCCGAUGGGAGGGAUGGGCUCGAUGGAACCUCAUCAUAUGAAUGGAUCAUUAGGUUCUGGUGACAUGGAUGGGUUGCCAAAGAACUCGCCCAACAACAUGGCAGGCAUGAACAACCCCCCGGGAACGCCGCGCGACGACGGAGAGAUGGGCGGAAACUUCCUCAACCCGUUCCAAAGCGAAAGUUCUCCUGGGACGCAGGCCAAGGUGGCCCACCCCGGGGCGUGCAAACUCGCCGCUGCCGCCGGCACCAGGAAGCAGCAGCAGCCCCCCCCAUGCCACAGGAAGAGAACGCUGACUGACUCGCCCUGCCUGCCGGGCUUUCUCUCUGGCUCAGGACACUGAAAGGGGGGCUACAGGACUGCGUGUAUAUAUACAUAUACAUAGAUAUGUAUUUCUACACAGAUACACACAAACGCACACAAUCACACACACACAGACACACACACAUUCACAGAUGCAAGGACGGACUGAUGGAGAGUGUGAGGCUGCAGCGCUGGUCUAGGGCUGCUCCACUCCUUUUUAAACUCACCCCUCAUCGUGUCUUGUUUCGAUGAUUUUCUGUCGUUUCUUUAUAAAUGCAGUAGUUUUAUUUGUUUAUUUGUUUGUUUCUCCACGUCGGGAUUUUGCGAUCCUUCGCCUCGUCCUCUCGUUUUAUCGUGUACAUCGUGUACAUUUUCAAAUGCGUGAAACUCAUGAAGAUGUGAUGGGCUACGGACGUUUUUCAUGUUUUUUUUGUUUUGUUUUGUUUUUCGUGUAUGUACUGUAUUAUUAAUAAUUAUUGUGUUUUUUGUCGUUAUUUUGUAACAAUAUUGUAAUGAUGGUGAUUGAUUUUAGGGUAUUUGUUUUUUCUUUCCUCAGAAGGGCACAUUAUAUGUAUUCUCAGUAACCACACCACAUACAAGAAAAUGACGACACAGUAAGCACACUUUUUUUUGUUUUUUGUUUUUUGUUUUGUUUUUUGAGACAAUGGGAUGUGAAAGCUGUUUCUUUUCUUUUUUGUUUUUCUUUUUUUGUCUUUGUUUUUAUUUUAAGGUCUCUGUGUUAGUUUUUUUUAUGUUUUUAGUCAAUUUGUUUUAUUUUUUUUUUUAAGAGGGGGAAUCUUGAUUUUUGGGAAUUUUGUUUCUGUCCUGUUUGAGAGAACACCAUGGGGUUAGAGAGUUCGUACAGAGAUGUAAUUUCACUCCUAGACUCUAGAGAGUCUGUUGUUUUAGUUGUCCUUUUAUUGUUUGUUGGUUUAUUUUAUUUUAUAUUUUUAAGAAAUAUGAAAGAGGAAAAUGCUUGUGCCCCUCAUUGUCGAAACCCGGGAAAGGCAUAUUAUUGUGGUACUAUAUAUAUAGUUGUUAUAACUCUGAUUAUAACUCGAAUCGAUUCAGUCAUAUUUUUAUUUAUUAUUUUACCUGUUUUUUUUUUAGUGUUUUCUGUUCUUUUUUUUUUAUUGAAUUGUUGUUGUUUGUAUGUCUUGCAACACGCAACGCUUCAGGACAUAUUGUACACAUGUAAAUAUUCCAGUCUAAGAUACCUCCUACUGAUUUGAUACCCUCUGUAUACUCUGACUGCCAUGUUUCUGGCCCCCUUUCCUCCAGCAUGUUCACGAAAUCGAGGCGUCUCUGGGAAGAAACAGACUUUUGGUUCUUUCCUGUUAAACAGAGGCCUCAUCCCGGCUUCGGCUCCUGGAACACAUUUUGUUUGAACCCCUCCCUGUGCUCGAGAAUGGGUUGCGCUGAUGCUCUUGGAGGUUCUGGGCGCUCAAGACGUUCUGAUGCAGGACCACAGGAGUGGAAAUCGGACGGACGCUGCUUGUAAAUACUCCUCGGCCUACCUUGUGCUAUGUUGUGUUAGCCAGACUCAUCUGAAUCCUGUGAUUUUUUUUUUCCUUUCGGAGCGCGGCUCGGGAAUUUUUUUAAGCCGAAAUCAAGACUACCUAGAUCUGCUAAGCUGUAACGUCCACCCAAGCCAGGCUUCUACUGUUUGGACGUAGAACGCAACACCACCACCUUCUCAAAACUGGACUGUUCUCUGUCUGAAGGUUCCUACGUUUAUGUUCCUUCUGUUUAUCUUUCCUAAAUUUUAAAAUUUAAGCAAAAUGUGUUCUCAGAUUCAAAAAGUGCUCUCGCUAUACCCUAUAAGCCACCCAGCAGAGGUGUGCGGAAUGGCCAGUACGAGUUAAUGAGGGAUCCACAUGCCCCUGCUUAAAAACAGCAUCCCUCUAACCUGUUCCCAGACACACACACACACUCCCACAUGCAGUAUACAUAUACGAAAAAAUCUGACUUAACUGUAACUCAACUGGUUGCCCCCCCACACACACACUCCAACACCCUCAACACACUAAACCCCCAAACAUAGCGUGUCUCUUUUAUGUCUGUCAUGUUUGGCUGUUGUUGUAAAUACUGUACAAUGCAUUUUGAUAUCAUUGACAUGUUUUGAUAUUUCUGUCACAACCAAUCAACACAGCGCUGAAAACAUGAAGAACAAAAAAAAAAAAAAACUGAAAAGGAUGUAAUGAAAAAAAUCAUCUUUAUAGCUGAACAGACCGUGUAGUCCUCUGAUCUGAUCCCCUUCCUGUCUCCUAUCUCCUAUCUCCUGUCCCUGACGGUCCCCACUUUCCUAUUCUCGCUGUAACACCAACACACAACCAACAGGAGGGAGAAGGAGGGAACGUAAGACGAGCCCAUUUUUAUACUGAGUGACUCCUUUAUUAAAUACACACACAAAACACAAGGGAAAAAAAGGAAAACUAAACUAAAGGUACCAGGUUUUAAGAGGCAGCAGUCCCUCCUCAGUCCUCACUCCCGACGGACUGACGUUCAGCCUUCACCGAGAGCUCAGGAUCUGCAUCUGUCUGUUUAAGGGUCACAUUCUUUCCAUGGAGGUGAUUUUUUUUGUUUUAUUUUAUGUGUUCAUUAUGUUUUUUUUUCUGUCAUUCAUUUUUAGAACCAGUAUCAGUAGGGACAGAAGAAAAUGGUGCAAUUUUUCUUUUUUUUUCUUUUUUUUUCUGCAAAAAUAUUCAUGCUACCUUUUUUCCCCAGAAAAGAGCUUCAUACUAUUCCCGUUUCAUUUUUUAAAUUUUUGAUCUAAAAUCUCAUAUCUUCCUUUUUUUUUAAGGGUUUUUCUGUCUGAAGUGAAUAUUCUCGUUUAUUUUUUUUUACCUGAGAUUAUUCACUAUCCCCCUUUUUUUUUAGCUAAUGUUAGAUUUCAUUUUUGACAAAUAAUUGCUAUUUAGUUUUGAAAAACUGGGAAAACUUUAACUUCUCUUUUUCAUUUUUUAUUAUUAUUUUUUUUUUCCUGGAUGCUUUUCUAUUUUUUUUUUUUUAUCUUUAGGGAAACCAUGUCCAGACUGAUACAGUCAACAUUUUCAUUAAAAGGCAAAAUAUUCCUGGACUGUUUUUUUUUUUUUAUGCUUUUUCUUUUUCUUCCAAUUUUUUUUUUUUCGCCUCCAUGGAAAUCAUGUUGAAACAAAACCAACGAAACCAAUAAAAGCAGCGAACAGCGUUUCACCAAAACAUUAAGGGACCACAAACAGACUUUGCUAUGAAGGAUUUCUCUUUUUUUUUUUAAUGUAUUUAAAGUAAAAAUGUAAAAAAAAAAGAAUAAAAUUAAGAAAAAGCGUACUUGUAAAAAAGUAGAACUGAACUAGGGAGGAGGCGUUUGGCAGAAGUUUGGAAGAAGUGUUUUUUCUAAGGUCGCCGUUGUCCUUGCUCUUGUUCUCCGUGUAAAACUCACCGGCCAUCGUUCCCACCGUCGUGCUUCGUGAUGAUCAUCAUGAUGAUCUUUAUGAUGAUGAUCAUGAUCAUGAUGAUCAUGAUGGUUCUAUUGUUUGCCAGCAGGGUAGAUGAGGUCACACACAAUAAUGAUGGGGACGGUGGUUUUCCUCCUGCGCCAUUUCUUUUGUCGUUCUUUAUGAGAAACAAAACAACAAGAAAAGCAGCAGCAGCAGUAUUGAGUAUGAAGCAGUGGCCUCCUCGGUUUUUGCUUUGUAUUUCAUGUUAGGCUAGUUCGGAUCCUCGUCUUUAGGGACUUCUCCGUGUCUCGUGUAGUUUAACAGAAGUCCUUUGUAUGUUUCUUUAUAUUGUAAAUUGUUUUCUUUAGACUGAAAGAUGUCGUUUAUUAAAAAAUGGGAAAACUGCAUCAAUAAUAAAUGUUUUGGUUUAGUUUUUU